AUGUGCUCACCCACUUAUGUGGGAAAAGUAGGACAAAUUGCAACUUUUUUCUCAGCAGCUAACAUAAUACUCUCCAUCACAGCAUUUCUUGGGAAUUUCCUGAUACUCGUUGCCCUAAACAAGGAAUCUUCCCAGCAUUCAUCGUCCCAACUCUUGUAUCGUUGUCUAGCAGCAUCCGAUCUGUUGGUUGGUCUUGUUAGCCAGCCUCUCUAUGCUGCCUAUUGGUUGUCCUUGGUUCACGAGAAGUGGAAUCUUUGUCGAUUCGUAACUGAUGCAAUCUUUAUAACACGCUUUACAUCAUGUGGGGUUUCUAUGUUGACAAUGGCGGCCAUAAGCGUGGAUAGACUUCUCGCCCUGUCGUUGGGGCUGAGAUACAGACAAAUUGUAAGGCCAAAACGCAUGUAUAUCAUUACAGCUAUCUUUUGGAUAGCAUCCAUUCUUGCUUCAUCAUUUUAUAAUUCUCAAAUACCUCUUUUGUAUAAUAAAAUAGUUAUCUUGUCAUUCUCAGUGAUCUCUUUCACUUCAUACACUAAGAUUUUGCGCACUCUCAGUCGUAAUCAGGCUCGAGUACAAGAUAAUUUUCAGGAACAGCCCAGCCAAGCAACUGCACUGAACAUGGCAAGAUACAGGAAGGCUGUGAGCAGUGCACUGUGAGUGCAGUUAGCAUUAGUUGUUUGUUAUGCACCAAGUUUAACACUGUCAACACUUGUGAUCAUCUGGAGGACUUAUUCAUUACAUUUACUCAUCACUUCUGGAAUAACGACUCUUUUAGUGUAUUUAAAGUCCACCUUAAACCCGUUCCUUUACUGCUGGAAGGUUGGCGAAGUGAGACAAGCAGUGAAACAGACAAUCAGACAAGUCUUUUGCUGUCCAUGGAGUUA